AUGGACUUCCAACAAUCCGGCCCCCAGCGUGGUGCAUGCUACUCAUGCGGCUCAUCUGGCCACCAGGCUCGUGACUGCCCCAGCAAGGGUCCUGCUAAGUGCUACAACUGCGGAGUUGAGGGCCACAUGAGCCGUGACUGCUCUGAGCCCCCCAAGGACAACAAAGCAUGCUACAAGUGCGGCCAAGCCGGCCACAUUUCUCGCGAGUGCCCUGUUGGAGGUGGCGGUGCUCCCCCUGCCGGCGGUCAGUCGACUGAGUGCUACAAGUGCGGCGAAAUCGGCCACAUUGCUCGUAACUGCUCCAAGUCCGGUGGUGGAUUCGGUGGUUCUUACGGUGGCGGCGGCUACAAUGGCGGCGGCGGUGCCGGAAAGACUUGCUACUCCUGCGGUGGAUAUGGCCACAUGUCCCGCGAGUGCGUCAAUGGCAUGAAGUGCUACAACUGCGGCGAGUCUGGUCACUACUCACGCGACUGCCCUAAGGAAUCUGCUGGCGGUGAGAAGAUCUGCUAUAAGUGCCAGCAGUCUGGCCACGUUCAGGCUCAGUGCCCCAACAAUUAA